CCACUCAGACUUGGUGGCUGCAGAUGAAGUUUUCAGUCACACUGCUCGGUGGGACUUUGAUGAGGAAUUCGCAUUAACACGUCCAGACUCUUCUUAUCUGCCCACUGACAUGUUGCGAUGUUCCGCGCAGCCUUACAAAACGUGGAUUUGUUUUGGGUAAUUUUGCUGUAUUUCGUGUUUGUGCCGGAGACUGGCUGUAGAUCAGCCGAUGCAGACAGCUGUCAUGAGGUGAAGACAGCUUACAUGAUGCGCCAAAUAGGCCCGGUGGAGCUGGUGCCAGACAGACCGGGGACAGACGAUUCUCUCCGAGUGUGUGUUCACCCCGGGCCCAGCUGCUGUACCAGUAAGAUGGAGGACAGCUACAUGGCGGCUGUUCGCAGUGAGACACAGCAGAAGAUGCGAUCUUACAGCUUUGAACUCAAGUACCUGAUUGGUGGACACACCAAGGCUUACCAUGAGACCUUUGAGUCGCUUGUGUCCUUUACAUCUAAUCUGACCAGCACUUUGUUUGACAGUGCGUACUCCAGUCUGGCGUCAGACUGUCGCCCCCUUGUGUUUCACCUGUUCAGCGACAUCAAACGUCACCUGUCUGGAGACUCUAAUUCCUCCCUCGACAACGCCGUGCGGCGAUUCUACAAUGAUCUCUUCCCACUGGUCUACCGCCGCCUGCUCAACCCUGGGUUUGGCCACUUGUCAACCCAAUCCUAUUCCUCCCUUUCCGCGAGUCACGACGAGUGCCUGCGGAUGACGCGGCAGGACGUCAGCCCGUUCGGACUUCAUCCCCGCCUCCUUGUCAGCAGCCUGUCCCGGGCGCUCGGGCCUGGUCGAGCGCUCAGCCGACUGUUGCAACUGGCUGGAGAGGUCGUGAAUGCGACCGAGAAGGCAACAUUAUCCAGAGAGUGUGGGCGAGGGUUAGUGAGGAUGCAGUACUGUUCCCACUGCCGAGGGCUCACUCUGAUACGGCCCUGCACUGGACUGUGUGUCAACAUUAUGAGAGGAUGUCUGGUAGGUGUAUCUGAGCUGGGUGCCCCCUGGGGAAGUUUGGUGGUACUGCUCCAACGGUUAGCUGCUACUUUAGCAACCAGCAGCAAUCACAACAGCAUGGAGUUAGCUCUGUUAGCGGUCCGAAACCAUGUGAAUGAUGCCAUCCUGCACGCUCAGCUGCACGGGCCACGCAUCACAGCCACAGUAGAGAAGGUGUGCGGUCCCCAGGCGGUUGGCUCCAUGACAGCAAGUACACAACCCACCACCUCGCACGCUACAACGCAUGCAACAUCAGUAACCACAGAGAAGUCCUCUGUGACUUCAGCUCCCUCCGUCGGUCCGCCCACUCACGGCCGUUCACAGCCGCAGUCCAGGAGGUCAUUCCCUCUUAAAGGUUCAAGAAGAGACAAGAGUCGAAGCCUGAAAAAACUGUCAAGGGAGUUUGAGGGCUCUAUCCAGCGGUACCAGUGGUUUUUCUCUGAGCUGCCAGAGAUGCUUUGCGAGAGCGAGAUGGAGGUUGAACAGCACACAUGCUGGAGCGGCCAAGACGUUGUAGAAAGUUAUGCAGGUCGUGUGGUUGGCAGCACUUUGAAAGCCCAGAGGGAGAAUCCAGAAAUGAUCGUCCGUAAUACAGAUCCUGUCCUGAAGGGGGCGAAACAGAAGUUGGAGCAGCUAACACAGGAGCUGUUAGUCGAGCUCGGCUGGGCGAGCAAAGCGAGAGGAAGAGGGGAGGAAGAGGAGGGAGGGAGCGCGCAGACAGAUGGAGGCAGCGGAGACGACUGUGAUGAUGAAGAUGGCUGUGAAGCAUCUGGUGACGAGACGGGUGACGCACCUAGCGGUCGUAGUCCAGGAACCAAGGAUGUGGCUCCUCCUCUUCCUCCUCGUCGCCCAGUCCCUCCUCAGCACCUCUCACCUCCACAGGUGGCUGUUCAUGGCUCGGCCCAAGCAACGACGGUUGGACCUUUGACCCUGGCGACCCUGCUGCUGCUACUGCUGUCGCCAUGGGAACCACGCUGACCGUGAAGAGACGCAUCCAGAGAUGGACAGAGACAGAAAAAGGUUGACAGGCAGCCACAUGCUGUAUGUCAUGUGGCAACGAUGACUAUGUGGAGUUUCUGUAAGCGCAGUGCGACCGCUCAGGCCGUUUUUGUUUUGGGUGGCGAUGCUGGCGGGACGAGCUGCUGGUUCACCACAGCUGCAGGUGCACAGUAUGCAUUGUUGUAUUACCUGUACUGACCUCUACAUGUGUUCAUUUGUAUUUAACUCUGAUAGGAUAGAUUGCACAGCACUACUGACUUUUUUUUUUUUUUUUUUUUUGAAGAGAGAUGUAAAUACAAAUAUAUAUAUUAUAUAUUUAUAUAAAGAAUUUCUAUAGAUAACAAUGGGCUGAUGUGUAAAUAAGGAUUAAUAUAGAACAGAGCAGACUUGGACGUUAAGGGAUUUUGGUUUGGUUUGUUUGUUUUGACCUUUAUCAGACGGGUCUCCCACUGAGAUCAAAGUCCACGACAGUGACGGUUCGAGCUGAAGACCUUCACCGUUAACACACCAGCGUACCUGCAGUGAAGGCACACUUGUGAGGAUUUAUUAAUGUGACAGAAAGAGGCUGGGAGAGGACAUUGAAGCACUUUCUUAAAAGGCAAAACAACCAAUAAUGUGAUACUUCAGACACAUUUACAGAUGGUCAUGCAGCAUAAUGAAGAUGACCCAUCUCGCCAUCUCCCCACACAAACAUGCUCUUUUGCUAAUGCAAGCCGGAUGACUUUUUUUUAAUAUAUAUUUUUUUCUAUUUCUGCAGCAAGUGCGAUGAGUUUUAGCUGUGUAACACUUCGCUCAAAAACUCUGUGUCCUCUGCUGAUUUGUCAUUUCAAGGCAUAUGUGUGUUCUUGGAAAAACUAGCCGAGACUGUUUUCUUCUCAAGAUGUACAGUGUGAAAAAUUUGUAAAAGCACUGCAGGGAGAUGUACAACAGCUUUCAAUUCAACUUCACUUACACUUCUUCAACAGGACGCUCUGUUAAAAACAGGAAUACAGGCAGAAACAAGCACUCAGUGCAAGAAAAGAGGCAGAAACAGUCACCUGCCUAAUAAUGAAUACUUUGAUAUCUCAUCGUCAUGUGUAAAAACUGAACCGUGCUUUUAAAGGCUCGCUCGUCUCCAAGUAUAUAUUAAUUGAAACUGCUGUCUCCUCUAAUAAGAUCACGGAUAAAACAUCCAACAAAACAGUGUAUUGUUAAGUGUUUCCUCUAAGUCUGAUAUCUGUUGUGAUCAGAGAACAGCUGAGCCCAGAUCCAAACAUGUGGAAUAAAUGUGAUUCAUAUUAAUUAGGAUUAUCGAAUCCUCCUGAGCUCUCUGUUGAGCCCCCCCCCCUUUCCAUCCCCUCCCCCAGACUGCACACAACAGCAGGACAGACAACUGGAAUACUGAUUAAAUACACUCAAAGGGUGCAAAUGAACCGACAGAAGGACACGGUGUGCGUUUCUGUCAGCGGGUGAUUGGUUGUCUCCCUCGAUAUACCGUGCUGCAUGUAAUACCUGCCUGUUUCCUUGUGGUUUCACAUCGUAGCUACAGUCAUUUUUGUCUUUGAUGAUGUGCUGUAAAACUUUUUAAGAAUGUGUCUGCUUUCAUCACCUGACACGGUUUAUUUAUGAGGGAACGUGACUGACACAUGAGACAACCUAAGAAAUACCAUUAAGAGCUUAUGUUUGUGAGUUGUCUGGGCAGCGUGCCCAAAUACCAUGUUAGCCAGCGGGGUGCUUUUACAACAUAAUCUCCCAACAAAUGUGCUAUUAUUUGAUUACUAUUUCAGCGUUAUACCUAAAUGAGAUGAGAUUUUGGACCGGGGCCAGGCCUUCCAUCUUUCUCAGCUCCUGCUAGGCGACCUUGUGCGUAAACAAACUGUCAAAUGCACAUGUGGAGACCCUGAACAGGAUGAGUAGAAAGCACACAGUGUUUUGUGCUUUCUCAAACUAUGGGGCAACCAGCGUGACAUGUUUUGAAGGGGAUUCUAAAAUGUAAAAAAAUAUAUAUUUUCAUAUAUUUUAUAAGCUUAUAAAGUCUGUUUUAAUUUUUGUCACAAAAACUAAAAACAAUUAGGAGUUGGUAUUCUGUGGUUGCUCACCUGCUGCAGUUAUGAAUCUAUAAACGAGUUGCAGCAACAGUACUUUCAACUAUGUGUCACAGUGUCAUUAUUAAAUAAAAAUCUACCUUAUCCAAGUUUAACAGCUCUAUUAGUUUAGAGAGCCUCUAAUGUUUUUGUCGUUGUGUAGCAGUAUGCAGGGCGCCAGGACGCAACAACCAACCUGUUAGCUACAGCUGUGGUUUCUCUCACCACACUCUGAAAACAACCGAGCUGAUGUAAAAAACUAAACCAGUAACUCCGAUGUGCGACUCACUACUGUAAUACGCUGCGUGUCCUGCUACUCUGAUGUGUCGUUACUCACCGGUUUGAUAUCCUCGAAUAAUAAAUUGUGUUUUGAAAUACG